AUGGCCAUAGACGGUCCCGUCAGCAUACGAAGCGCGUCAGGCCGGCGAGUUCGUGCCCAACUCGGCGGAAACUUCGUCGCCGACACCACGAAUGCUAAGCAUGUCUGGGAACAUCCGAGUUACCCACAAUUUUACAUCCCCAUAACGGACCUCACCAAACACGCGUCUCAUAAGAAAAUCGACGAAGUCAAGAACGAUAGCGGACAUAUACUAGCCGAGAUAUGGCGAGUCUCGGCUGGCUCCAAGUCUUCUGACGCUGUGUACUUCCGGCCGGGAUACGGGCAGCUCGCUGGGCUGAUCAGGCUGACAUUCCACGAGAUGGACCAAUGGUACGAAGAAGAUACCCCCAUUUACGUCCACCCCAAAGACCCAACCAAGCGCAUCGACGUCCUCCCCUCGACCCGCCCCAUUGAGAUCCACCUCGACGGCCACGUCCUUGCCAAGUCCUCUCACUGCCUCCACCUCAUCGAGCCGCUGCUGCCAACGCGGUACUACCUGCCGCCAACCUCCAUGAACCCGGCCAUUCUCCACAGGAGCGGCUCGAGGUCGCGGUGCCCGUACAAGGGCGAGGCGGAGUACUAUGAUGUCGUGCUGGACGGGAAGGUGUAUAGGGAUCUGAUAUGGUGGUACAGAUAUCCGACGUCGGAGGUCGCGCCGAUUGCGGGGGCGCUGUGCUUCUACAACGAGAAGGUCGAUGUUGUACUCGAUGGGAAGAAGUUGGAGAGGCCGAAGUCGAAGUUCGCUUGA